AUGGUUUCGAUAACGAUAGAAUGGUCGAAUUCAAAUGUUCGACAAUCAUGUUUUGGAGCUUUUGUGUGCGGUAUGUGUGUGAUAUUUCUUAUUGGUUGUGUUUCAGUUACCAGAUCCUUGGUACUGACAACUUCUGCUUGGCUUUCGGUGUUUUCUUUUUUCUCACUUAUAUCAACUGUAAUUUCGUUAUCGGUGACGCAUAGACCAUCAGCAAGUUAUACUUAUGGUUUUGCUCGAGCACCUGUCCUUGCUGUUUUUGCUACUACGGUAUUAGCUAGUUUAGCAGCAGUAUUUUUGAUAAAAGAAAGUAUAGAGCACAUUCUGGAAAAUGAUCAUCAUCUUCAUCCACAUGGUUUAUAUAUUUUUGGUGCAAUUGCCGCUUCAGUUUCGUUAGAAAUCGCUGCUUACGGUGUCAAAAAUCAACCCAUACAAUAUGUUCUUACUGCUUCUAAUAGUUCUUCAUUACAGGAACAUUUUGCUGAUAUUUCUCAUGCAAUUUGUUACAUUUUACCCGGUCUCAGUAUGCUUUUGUUACCAAGACUGAAUGCACUAUCAUUGUUGGCUUUUUUGACAACCGUUGCUUGUGUUGUUACUCACUGUUUUGUGUUAGACUUGUGGUGGAUUGACUCGGCUGCUACUUUGGUACUAUCACUAUGCAUUUUCAUUACUAUGUGGCCAUUGUCGAAGUAUGCUGGUCGAAUUUUGCUGCAAACUACACCACCUCAUAUUCAUAAUCAGUUAGACAGAUGUAUUUCUGAAGCCUCAACUAUAGAUGGUGUAUUAGAACUACGGUCAGCACAUUUUUGGCAAUUGGACUUUACAACGAUAUCAGGUACCGUCGAUGUUCGUGUACGACGGGAUGCUGACGAACAGCUAGUGCUAGCACUGGUGAUAGAAAAGCUUUCUGCUGUAGUAUCUGUACUGACAGUCCAAAUCGUGAAGGAUGUAUCAGCAAGUUGGCAAAUAACUCGUGAUACUAAUUCAGCUCAACAUAAUUUAUACCAGUCUCAAACUUAUUUACAUUCUUCAAAUCCGAUGCAGCAGUCCAAUCAGUUGCAUUGCCAUUCUCAUCUUCAUGGACAUGGACAUGAGCAUGAAAAUGAUGAUCAUGGGGGAGAUUAUGGCCAUGCACAUGAUUCACAUCUUGUACAUCACUAA